AUGGACAAACCGGGGAGUUCUUUUGAAAAUGUGCUGGAAGAAGCAACAUAUCUUGCCGAUAAGAUUAGAAGUGCAAAACAAGUGACAAUCGACCUCGAUAAUGAAAGACAAAAAUAUCGAGAAUGUGAAAGAUCUAUAAAAUCGAAAAACAUUGAUCCAGUUUGGGUGUUCAAUGGUACAGCAUUUUUCAAAACAAGUCAGAAGAAGAGCCUGGAGAUUUUGGAAAGUGACAAGAAAACUGUUGAAGAUGCUAUUGAACAAGUCAAAGAUGUUAUUCGGGUUUGUUUUUUCUCUUCCUAUUAUUCAUUGAAAUAUUAUUACUUUUUCAGAAAGAUAUGAAUACAAUGCUGAAAUUGCACGACGAGAAAAAUCUCGAAGAACGAGGCUUUCAAUUAAAACCUCUAGUCACUAAUGGAAAAUUGAAUGAAUAA